AGACAACCCAAAUCCAGUUCUGAACAUGCAAUUUCGGCGCUCAAAUGCUCCUUAAAUUGUUGUGAUUGUGCUGCGGAUUCCUGAAAGUUUCAGCCUUUCCGAAUCUCUCCUUCAGUUGUUUUUUGCGAUUUCCAUCAAGAAUUUGAUGCAAAUUUUGGUGGGAGAAGUGUGGCGCUUUCUGUAUAGAGAGCGAUUCCUUCUAGGGUUCCGUCGAGUUUUCGGAGAUGGGAGCGUUGACAGUUAAUCGGAAGCGCGGCGAGGAUUAUUUCGCGGUGAAUUCUAGAAACGGGCCUCUAAAUAUCGAUCAGGUUUUGAAAAGGCCCAGGCUUUCGACUUCCAGUCCUGGUUCGCACCCACAUCUCAGCGGAAAGUCUGUAGUUUCGAGGUUUUAUCGGUACCCUGAAGCUGUUGCCCCUAUCAAAAGAGAAGUACACGCUCCUUGCAGAAGGGUCAGGUUCGGGCAUUCUGAGAAGUCUAGGGAUUCUUCCACCAGUGGUGAUUUUAGGGAGAAGUGUGGCAGUGAAAUGGGGAAUUUAAUUGCUAGACUGUUUGGGAAGGCGAAGCCGAGUGAGAAAGAUGGCUCGAGGCAUGGGGCACAUGUGAAUGAGGUUAUUGAGAUUGAUAGUGAUGUUAGGGAGGAGAGUGUUUCCCGGGAUUGGUUUAUGAAGGAUGUUGAAGUUGUGGAAAAGGUUAGUAUUGUUUCUCCUCCAAAGGAUGGUCAAGGGGAUGUUGAAAUGUUAGACAACUAUGUAAAGAAUGAUGUGGAGAGAGCAAUUCACCCACGGAGUGGUUCAUUGGCUACAGAAUUGAAAGAUGCAAGUAUGAAUGUUUAUAAUCAAGCCAAGACUUCUGAUUUGAUAUCAACCCACCAUGAAUUCGAGAACUUGGGGCUCCCUGCGUACAAGAAGUUGCUUGAUAAUAUGGAGAAGAGAUAUGACUGCAAUAUCAGGAGGCUAAAUUUCCAGAUUGAACUACACGAGAGACAUCGUCACAGACAUCAAUUGUUUCGGAAACGGGACGAGGUGAUUGAGGAUGUGAUUAUGGAACCUUUUGUUCCACUCACUGAUGAUGAUAAGGCUCAGGUUGGUCAAGCUUUUUCCGGUUCGAAUAGGGGGAGAGUUUUGGUAACUCAUAAGAACUCCAAUAUUGAUAUUACUGGGAUUUUAUUACAGUGUUUGAAACCAGGGAAAUGGCUGAAUGAUGAGGUUAUUAAUGUAUAUCUUGAGUUGCUAAAAGAGAGAGAGACCAGGGAGCCCAAAAAAUUCCUGAAAUGUCAUUUCUUUAACACCUUCUUCUACAAAAAGUUAAAAAGUGGGAAGAAUAACUACAACUAUCAAUCUGUACGAAGAUGGACUUCUCAACGGAAAUUGGGAUAUGGCCUAUUUGAAUGUGACAAAAUUUUUGUUCCCAUUCACAAAGAAGUACAUUGGUGCUUAGCUGUCAUCAACAAGAAGGACAAAAAGUUCCAGUAUCUUGAUUCUCUAAGGGGACCAGAUAAUCAAGUGCUGCAAAUACUAGCUAGAUACUAUGUAGAUGAAGUAAAGGACAAAAAUGGUGAGGACAUUGAUGUUAGUACAUGGGAAAUGGAAUUUGUUGAAGAGCUUCCUGAGCAACAAAAUGGGUAUGAUUGUGGCAUGUUCAUGAUUAAGUAUGCUGAUUUCUAUAGCAGAAAUAUAGGGCUCUGUUUUAGUCAGGAACACAUGGCAUAUUUUCGGUUGAGGACUGCAAAGGAGAUUUUGAGGUUGAAAGCUGAAUGAUCAAACUUCGUGUGUGCUUUCUUUUUAAUCCCCCGACGGAUUAGAGUGCCAAAAUGAUUCAAAGAUCGUAUGCCAGUUUUGAUCGAGUUAGUGGUGGGUUUUGUAAAAUUCAUUUCUAGUGAUGGCUAUAUAAUAGGACCAAGUCCAUAUGAUGUUUUUUGGGACAUAUAUGAAGAAAAAAGAAACAUUUUUGUGGAACAGAGAAACUAAUUCUGUAAGAAUUGUGCAAGUCAAAGUGUUGUGCAAGAGAUUGUAAAAUUGAUUAAUUCAAUGGG